CGUUCUUGUCCUUAGCUCACAGCUUCAGGUACUCCCGGCUUGUCCCUGGCUCCUGGAAGGCCUUUUUGCUGGGUGAGGCCGGGCCUGGGUUUUCUGGUUUGACUCCUUCCCUAGUCCCACAAGCUUCUGACUGGGUGUGGCCCCGGGCUAGGGGAAAGAUCUUCGUGCGUUUCUGUUUGGAUCAUUGGUCGUUAUUGAGCCCGGCGCUCCUUUUGGUUCUGCUGAGAGAGCUGUAAGAGAGGUGGACGGUUCUGCUUGUGUUUACCCCGCAAGUUGCAGGGGGAGAAUAAAAAAGAAUAAAAAAAAAUUGAAAAAGGAGAUGAGAAAGGAGAGUGUUGCAGACUCUGCAGUGUGGAAAUGCAGGAAAAUGCCCAGAGCAGGGAGGUGGGAGAGUGAGGAGGGCGGCACAGAAGGAGGUGAGCCAGGAGGAGGGCGGGCAGGCUACAGGGGGCUUUGGAUGCCAGCAGAGCACCCCACUCCCUGGCUUCAGGCAGGAGAUGAGGGGGGUGAGACUCCAGAGACGCCCCCGUGGUGCCCACAGCAAGAUCUGGCAGCUUGUGGAUCUGGAGUGUGAGGUGAGGAUGGUGCCCCAGGUUAUGAGUGUGGGGUUCUGGGAAGGUAAGCGGGCCCUGGACAGUGAGGGGGAGCUGGAAGGGCAGAGUCUGAGGGACAGAGAAGGAGCUCAGUUAUGUUUGGAAUACCAGCUUAAGGUGCCCAAGAGGCGAUGGAGCCGGGGCUGGAGGUGGGAGAGAUGGGGACCCAAGGAGCAGGUGGUGCUCAAUAAAUGCUUGCUGAUCGUCCAGCUAGGAGCCACUGGGAUCCCAGAGGGAGCUGAGGGCUCCUAGAAGGAGGGGGGGCCCCGACAAGCUGCAGUCCUGAGGCACGAGCCAGGAGCUGCCUUCAAAGAGCAGGCUCCCCCCGGCUGGCACAUGUGUGUGCUCACCCCGGGGCAGCACACUUCAGACCGAGGUGAGAAUUAUCACAGGAGAGCUUGGAGAGAAGGAGGGGGGCGGUGUCCCAGCUAUAAAGAGCCGCUCCCGUCCUCCUCCGGCCGAGGCUCUUCCAGGAAGAGAGAGGGCCAGGGGGCUGCUGUCCGACAAGUGCCGCCAUGCCGGCCGCUAUCCCGCUGCCCCUGGUGCGGCUUCUCUGCCUCCUGGCCGCCCCCUGGCCCGCCCAGCCCGAGAAACUCUUCCACAGCCGGGACCACUCGGACCUGGAGGAGUCCGUCCUGCACCAGGCCGAGCCUGUCACUGACCUCCACUCUGCUCAGUUGUUCUUAUCCAAAUACGGCUGGACGGUCUGGCCCGCUGGGGGCACGGCCCCCGCCUUGGAUGUUCUGGGGCCCGCACCCGACGACAAACCUCCGGCAGAUCCCCCCAGCGUACAGGAGGCGAUUUCCACGGCCAGGCCAGGAGGGAAGCUCCUGGGGCGGCCUGGCGGAGACCCAGGCCUGGCCAAGGCCAUCGCCAUGUUCCAGUCCUUCAGUCAGUUACCGGUGACCGGACAGCUGGACAAAGCCACCCUGGCCGCCAUGAACCAGCCGCGCUGCGGCGUGCCGGAUCGCCAGCUCCCGCGGGAGCCAGACCCGCGGCCCGGGACUCCCGGCGCGGAGCAGGGGGGCCGGGCGGCUCUGGGCGCCGGGCCCGAGGGGCGGACGAGGCGGUCCCUGCCGGCACUCCGGCCGCUCCGGGGGCCCCCAGGCCUGCGCGCCUUCUCCAGGAGGCUGCUGCGGUGGAGGCUGGUCGGGGAGGGCUACAGCAGCCAGCUCUCCGUCGAGGAGCAGAGGUUCAUCUUCAAGCUGGCCUUCCGGAUGUGGAGCGAGGUCAGCCCGCUCAAGUUCAAAGAGGACCGCCUCUCUCCUGCAGCCCGCGUGGACAUCAAGCUGGGCUUCGGAAGGGGACGACACCUGGGCUGCAGCCGCCCAUUUGACGGGAGCGGCCAGGAGUUCGCGCACACCUGGAUCUUUGGGGACAUUCACUUUGACGACGACGAGCACUUCACGUCUCCCAGCAGCGACACUGGGAUCAGCCUCCUCAAAGUGGCGCUUCACGAAAUCGGCCACGUCCUGGGCCUGCCUCACCUGGACAGGAGCGGCUCCAUCAUGCGGCCCAAUUACUCCCCACAGGAGGCCGCGCUGGAGCUGGGCUGGGCGGACAGGAAGGCCAUACAGAGCCUGUACGGGUCAUGUGAAGGACCUUUUGACACGGCCUUUGACUGGAUCCGCAAAGAGAAAACCCGCCACGGGGAGCUGGUCGUGAGCUUUAGCACCUAUUUUUUCCGCCGCGGCUGGUACUGGCUUUACGAGAACCGCCACAACAGGACGCGCUACGGGGACCCGAUCUUCACCGCCGCUGGCUGGCGUGGAAUCCCCUCCCAGGGCAUCGACGCUUACGUCCACGUAUGGACGUGGAGAAGAGACGAGCGUUACUUUUUCAAAGGGCAUCACUUCUGGAGGUAUGACAGUGACAGCGACCGCGCCUACGCCAAGGACGCCCACGGGCAGAGCUAUCCCCGGCCCAUCUCAGAAGGCUUUCCCGGCAUCCCCAGCCCCCUGGACACGGCCUUCUAUGACCGAAGGACCCAGCUCAUUUACUUCUUCCGGGAGUCUUUGGUUUAUGCGUUUGACGUGGCCACAGGCCGAGUGGCCAACUCCUACCCAAAGAGGUUGGUGGCCGCCUUCCCUCCCGCGGCCCCCCCAGACCACCCCUUGCGAGACCUGGACGCGGCCUACUUCUCCUACGCCCACGGCGCCCUUUUCUUUUUCAAAGGGGACGCCUACUGGAAAGUGGUGAAUGACCAAGACCGGCGGCAGAACCCCUCCCUGGUGCUCAACGCGCUGCUCCCCAAAAAGUCCAUCUCCCAGACGUGGUUCGACAUUUGCGACGUCCAUCCUUCCUCCCUGAAAAUGACGGCGCAGAAAGCCGACAGAGCCACCUAGGAGAUGCUCAGGUGAGGAGCUCGCUCUGGACGGCCGCAGCAAGCGCUCCGAGGGUGCCCCAAGUCGCGGUCGCCCUUCUGCCCAGGGUUCCUGCGCACCAGGUUGGACUGCCCGAGGGACAACUUGCCAAGGGGUAGGGGGUGGGAACGGAGCUCUCUGAGGCCAAAAUCACGGCCUUGGUGCGUCCUGGGGAUUCUCGGCCCAGAAACUGGGGUGAGGGAGCUUUCAUUGAAGCUGCAGGGGAAGCCCGCGACAUCUAGAAACCUGUAGCCGAUCACCCACCUUCCUAUUAGAGAAGGCAGUCAAGGUGCCCAGAGGGGGCACAGUGGCAGAGCCUUGGACCUGGAGCCUUGUGGGGCCAGAUGUAGAGCCCUUGCAGAACUCCCCUUUCCCAGCUCGCUUUAAUGCACUCUCCCUGUUUUUAGGAUGGGAUGAUGGCAACUUGGAGUAGAAUGGACUGAGCAGGGAUCUCAAAGUGCACUUUGGAGGCUGGUCGGGGACUUUCCUUUCAUUAACAACAACUAUAAUUGGAACAAAGACCAUUUUCUAUUUUCUUUUUUAAAAAGAGAGAGCGCUACAGUGUUUGAUGUAGAAUGAUUUUAAUGCAAGAUUACCAUUAGGAAAACAGAAUAUUUAAAGAAAAGCCCAUAAUGCCGAAUUUUUAUGAGCAUUUACCCUUGGAGAGGA